CACAGUUUUUUUUUUUAUUAUUGAAUACUAAAAUGGUAUUUUAAAACAUAAAAUAAGUUGGAUCACGAGAUAUGGCUGUGGCUUUUUGCAAUUUUUUUACGAGACAUGGCUGUGGCCUUUGUAAUUUUUCUGCUCGUUUCGCUUCUCAAGUCUGAACACAGAUGAGUUAGAGAGUCGCUUGCGCUGGUUUACGAGAGAUGGCUGUUGAUUUUGCAAUUUGUCCGCUCGUUUCGUUUCUCAAAGACAGAGGAAUUAAAGAGUCGCUGAGCCCUACUCCCCUUUUUUUUUUCUAUUUCUUUAGCAUUCUCUGUUAAUGAAUGUUCGUGCUUCCAACUUCGAAACCUUCAUUUGGGCAUUCAUUCGAAGAAGGUGGGGGGAUAUCCACUAAUAGUGAUUUCAAUAGGCCGAUGGCAGAUACAACCAUUUUAGAAAAAUGCAUAACGUUUGGACCAUGGGGCACGAACAUCUCAUUCUCAGCAGGGAAAGAGUGUAUUUAUAUACCGGAUGGGUUUAUUAAAAAAAUUCGUAUUUUACAUGGAAUGUGUAUUGAUGGCAUUGAAUUCCAAAGCGACAGUAGCACAGGUGCACGACAAAAGUCCUUUUUUGGUCGCCAGCGUGGUGAACGAACGGACAUGGUAACCGCUCUUAUCUGAAUAUGACUUGAUGCAUUUCAUGGAGGAACAGAUCAUGAUGGGGAUAUAUCAGAAGUGGAGAUUAAUUUGGAUGGUGUGCAAGAGUAUUUGACUGGAAUAUCGGGGUAUUAUGGACCUGUUGAGGGCUAUGUUGGAUUGGAAGGUAUAACGUCCCUCACUAUUCACACAAACAAGGGGAAACAUGGGCCUUAUGGACAGGAAAGUGGAGGUGCCGGGUAUGUUUAUUUUACAUCGACCACAUCUUCUGGGAAAAUAGUUGGUUUCCAUCGAGGAAUGGUGAUUUUCUUACUGCAAUUGGUGUUCAUAUGGAGUAUCUCUGAAGAUGAUGGAAGAAGCAUAGACCUUUUGCUAAGAUUUCAUUUUUUAAUGGUAAUUGCAUCGAUCGAAUUUCCUACUCUUCGCUUUUGAUAAUAUAAGAUUGCCAUGUUUGGGUUUUUUCUUUU